UCUAGUUUUCUAACUAGCCUACACCGUUAUCAAGCUAUAAUGUCCAUGUUGUACAGAAGAACACAUAUUUUGAGAGAUGUCAUCCAUCAGCAAAACCAGCUGCAGGAAAACUGGAGGAAAGAAAGAGAAAUGAAGGGAAAUGAGAAAGCCAGAACUCAAGUUCCCGAGUCCAGCAGUGUGGGAGAAGAUCGAGCCAUCCUACUUGGUUUUACCAUGAUGAUCUUCUCCAUCCUCAUGUACUUUCUGGUGGGAAUCGCAAUGGUGAAACCAUGUCUUAACAGCAUUGAUUGGACCGACUCCAACUGCACAUUGAUCCAGGCUGAUUUUCUGACUGAAGUGAUGGACUGCCGUGGCAUUAUAAGCUUUAAAUGUCUGCACGUUCUGGUCACCGUCACGGAUCUUGAAAAAACAGUUCAACUUCACUAUAAUGAAGAGGCUAUGAAAUUCAACCCAAAGUGUUUCUACACACCAAAAUGCCAUAAAAACAAAACGGAACAAGAGACUGAGGCUAAUAGCAUCCAAAGUACGUUGUUAAGUUAUCAGGGGGAAAGCAUAAAAUGCUAUCUCAGUGUUAAAUUCCCGGAUGUCGCCCUCUUGAGGAGCAAAUACUCAGUGCAAAUGGCCUUGUAUUACCUGUUGUGGCCCAGCCUCAUGUUUUUUACUGGUAUUCUCUUAGUGGGGCUGGUAAAGUUCAACCAAUGCCUGGCUCACCUCUGUACUGAGAUAAGUCGAGAUGAGAUACUUGGUAAACAGAGUAAACUCAGAGAGGGUGGGAUCUACAGGAUGUUAAGGUGCAAGCCUGGAGGCAUCAAGGAGCGGAAUGACUCUAGUUAG